AUGCCUGCCAUAUCCUUCCUACCUUUCCUCCAGACAGUCCCCUGGGGCACCCGCAUCCUCACAGCCCUCCUCGUCGUCUCAUCCCUCCUCCAGUACUCGCUCGCCGCCGUCGUUCGUCGCAACUCGGCCGUCGACCCAUCCUACGGCCAUGAACUGCCAUGGCUCGUUCUCAUCCCCAAAACGAGCUGGAAGUUCCCUUGGACCCUCCUUACCUCGGGAUUCGUGGAACUGAACAUCAUCGAAUUCCUCGUCGCGCUUGUCGCCGUUCCCUUCGGCUGCCGCUACCUCGAGCGUCUCUGGGGCAUGCGGGAGCUGCUGCGCUUUGCAGCUGUCGUUAUUGUCGGCUCGAACGUUAUCGCCUUUGGAUUCUCCUGGUUGACAUACUUUGUGCUCGGUUCGGAGGACCUCACAAUUUCCGGCUUGCCCUACCACGGCCUUUCUGGCUUGCAAUCCGGCCUUCUCGUUGCAUUUACCCAGAUCAUUCCUGAGCACCAGAUUCAGCUGUUCGGUGUUCUCAAAGCCCGUGUCAAGACCAUUCCAGGAAUCUACCUCCUUAUUUCCAACGUUCUUGUCAUCGUCCUCGGCCCUUCGCCCUUCAUCCUGAUCCAGUUUGGCUUCUUUGUUGCCUGGGUCUAUCUGCGGUUCUUCAAGCUGUCGGAGAAUGGCGAAUACCGUGGUGACCGCAGCGAAACUUUCGCCUUCCAGUACUGGUUCCCCCCCAUUGUUCGCCCGUACAUUUCCAUCGCUGCCAACCACGUCUUUCGACUUGCCGUGCGAGUUGGUGUCAUCCAGUCCUGGGACGACACCCAUGGCGGCAACUAUUCCGUCCUCCCUGGCCCAGGCGGAGCAAGGGCCGAGGCUGAGAGGAGACGUGCUGUGGCUUUGCGGGCACUCGACGCCAGGCUGGCAUCGACGUCUCCAGCGCCCGUCGCAACCAACCCUCCUGCGGAGGGAAACAAGGGUAACCAGCUGCCAACCAAGCCCAGUGAAUCGACUGAGGCUCCCGCGUCAUAG